AUGUCCCAAAACAUACUCAUCGUGGGUGCGUCUGGUUACAUUGGCGGCACGGUCCUCAACUCUUUGCUGUCCUCAGGCGUGCUGCCGACUGCCAACAUACGGGGAGCGGUUCGUUCCGAUGCUCAGGCAGACGAAUUGAGAAAUCUUGGUAUUCAGGCUGUUAAGAUUACUCUGACAGACCAUGAUGCAGUAGCUCGCGCAGUGCUGGACAAUCACAUCGACAUUGUACUUCAUACUGCCAGCUCGAUGGACUUCUCACUGGCAGAACCGUUGCUACAUGCGUUGAAGAAACGAAAGGAUGCCACUUCGGGCGUUACCGCUUUUGCCGACAAGGCAGGCUGGACACAUGGUUUGGUGAAGGAGUCGGACGAUAUAUACGAUCUACAGCGCCAGGCAGCUGAAUCGUACGUUGUUCGGGAGACCGACACAGCCGUUGCGAGGGUUGGAGAAGAACUUGGAGUAUUUGCGUACAUUGUUGUUCCGCCGUUGGUUUAUGGAAACGGCACAGGCACAGGGAACACGCAAUCGGUUCAGAUACCCAUCUUGAUCCGCGCCGCAGCUGCUCAUAAGCAAGUAUAUCAGUUCAGUGAGGACGCGGUAAUGUUCAACCUGUAUCCAUCCCAUCAGAUAACCAAGCUGACUGGAGAGCAGACAUGGCCUGCAGUUCAUGUCAUCGACCUUGCAAACUACUACGUAUCACUCAUCCGGCGUAUCGUACAACAAGGCCCUCUAGCAUCUGGCAAGAAGGGAUACUACCUUGUUCGCAGCCACGACGUCACCUUUCACGAGAUCGCCGAAGCUCUCGGAAAGGAGUUGUAUCAACGGAAACUUGUGGACAGCCCACAUCCCGCAACAUGGCCUAGCGAUGAGGUGGCGGUUAAGGCGUUGGGGUUGCCGCUCUAUUACACACGUCUUGCGUGGAGUUCCACUGCCUUGGUGCAAUCCGAGCGGCACAAGGAUCUAGGCUGGCACCCGGAAUGGAACCACGAUCGUUUCUUAGCUGAAAUUGGAGAAAGCAUCGAUCCUGCUCUUCAGGCAGAGACUGUUGCGGGGUCUCUCGCCAGUCUUAGCACCUCCUGA